UUCCAAAUCAAAGUCUGGUUAUCCCCAAAGGGCUCAUGUUAGUUAUACUUGAGAAGAGCUGAGCCCAGAGAAGUUCCUCUGGAUCCACCAGCCCACCAAGCUGUCGCUCAUUUCCCAGAGGGAUUGAAUGUCAAUAUAAGGUAGAUCUAAAUCUCCAGGGGAAACUCCAGGAUCCCCACGACUUGCCCUACAUAAUAGGAGCUGGGGGCUCCCAGGAAGAAGGCGGCUUUUAAGCAAAGGCAGAAGAGCUCCAACGUUCCCAACUACUGCCACUGCCACAUGUGACCAGUGGGGCUCCGCCUCCCGUUUCAGUCCAGCUGCGCCAGAUUCCUAGCUUGGAGGGAGUCUUUUUCAAGGAGUGCGAGAACAGCUCAGAUUCCAGCCCCUCUUGUAUUCUAGCCCGACAGCUUCAGUAGGUCCUUAGCUGGCAUCAUCUUCGAGCUUAAGUGUCAGUGAAGCUGCAGCAGGAAAACAGAAGAAAAAGGAAGGCAGGAGCAGCAUCAGUACCAGAGCUCCCGCUGAGCUCCUGGAAAGGAAAGGAAAAGGAGGGAAGGAGCAGCAGCAGCAGCAGCAGCAGCAGCAGCAGAGGCCCCGCUUUGCCCAAGGCUCCUCAGCCCGCUGUACCUACCUGGCUCGGAAGGUUCUUUUUCUCCCUCACAGGGGAAGGCGAAGGCUCCCCUAUGAGCCGCAAGGGAACCGAGAAUGUGGAGUAUACCCUGCGGAGCCUGAGCAGCCUCAUGGGCGAGAGGCGGAGGAAGCAACAGGAUCCGGACUCGGCCAGCGUCUCCGGGGAACAGAGCCUCAUCGCUGCCACCGAGUCAUUCUGCAGCCUGCAGGGGAGUGGUGGCCCCGGCCCGGGCUCCAGCACCUACCUGGCCAACAGCGGGGACCUGGAGCGGGCUGCGCGCCGCCAGUUCCAGCAGGAUGAGACCCCUUCCUUCGUCUACGUAGUGUCGGUCUUCUCAGCCCUGGGAGGCUUCCUGUUUGGCUAUGACACGGGAGUGGUGUCGGGGGCUAUGCUGCUGCUGAAGCGGCAGCUCAGCCUGGACACGCUGUGGCAGGAAUUGCUGGUGUCCGGAACCGUGGGGGCGGCUGCCCUCUCGGCGCUGGCCGGCGGGGCCCUGAACGGCGUGUUUGGCCGCCGCGCCGCCAUCCUGCUGGCCAGUGCCCUCUUCACUGCUGGCUCCGUGGUGCUGUCAGUGGCGCAGAAUAAGGAGACGUUGUUGACGGGCCGAGUUAUCUUGGGACUGGGGAUCGGUAUUGCUUCCAUGACAGUACCAGUGUACAUUGCAGAAGUUUCUCCACCCAAUUUAAGAGGCAGAUUAGUAACUGUUAACACACUAUUCAUCACAGGAGGGCAAUUCUUUGCAAGUGUUGUUGAUGGAGCUUUCAGUUAUCUCCCAAAAGAUGGAUGGAGGUAUAUGCUGGGCCUUUCAGCUAUCCCAGCAAUAAUACAAUUCCUUGGAUUUCUCUUUCUGCCGGAAAGCCCAAGAUGGCUCAUCCAGAAAGGACAGACUCAAAAAGCUCGGAGAGUUUUGUCACAGAUACGAGGCAACCAAACAAUUGAUGAGGAAUAUGAUAGUAUCAAAAAUAACAUUGAAGAGGAGGAAAAAGAAGUUGGUUCAGCUGGACCUGUGAUCUACAGAAUGCUGACUUAUCCUCCAACUCGCCGAGCUUUAAUUGUGGGCUGUGGCCUACAAAUGUUUCAACAGUUAUCAGGCAUUAACACCAUCAUGUAUUACAGUGCAACUAUUUUGCAGAUGUCAGGAGUUGAAGAUGAUCGACUUGCAAUAUGGCUUGCCUCAGUUACAGCUUUCACAAAUUUCAUCUUCACUCUAGUUGGAGUCUGGCUUGUUGAGAAAGUGGGCCGAAGAAAACUUACACUUGGUAGCUUAGCAGGUACUACUGUAGCGCUCAUUAUCCUUGCUUUGGGAUUUUUGCUGUCAGCUCAGGUCUCACCACAAAUCUCUCUUAAGCCAACAGCUCCUUCACAUCAGAACUCUUCUUGCACAAAAUACAGUUCCUGUGAUGGAUGCAUGCUUGAUCCAGGCUGUGGAUUCUGCUAUAAGAUGAAUAAAUCAGCUGUGAUUGACUCCUCCUGUGUUCCAGUCAAUAAAGCAUCAGCAAAUGAGGCUGCCUGGGGCAGAUGUACUAAUGAAACCAAAUUCAAAGCAGAAGACUUAUUUUGGGCUUACAAUUUCUGUCCAACUCCAUAUUCCUGGACUGCACUUUUGGGCCUCAUUUUAUAUCUGGUUUUCUUUGCACCUGGAAUGGGACCAAUGCCUUGGACGGUGAAUUCUGAAAUCUAUCCACUUUGGGCAAGAAGUACAGGAAAUGCAUGUUCAUCUGGAAUAAACUGGAUUUUCAAUGUUCUAGUUUCACUGACCUUUCUACAUACAGCAGAGUAUCUUACAUAUUAUGGAGCCUUCUUUCUCUAUGCUGGAUUUGCUGGUUUGGGACUCAUUUUCAUCUAUGGUUGUCUUCCUGAGACCAAAGGGAGAAAACUGGAGGAAAUUGAAUCAUUGUUUGAAAACAAAUUAUGUACAUGUGGUACUUUAGAUUCUGAUGAAGGGAGAUACAUAGAAUACAUUCGAGUGAAGGGAAGCAAUUAUCAUCUUUCUGACAAUGAUGCUUCUGAUGUGGAAUAAAUUUCAGCUGCUGAUCUAUCUAAACAUAUUAAAAAAAACUUUUGGGGGAAGAAAAAUAGCUUUUGAUGAAUUUUAUUGUCCUAUUCCUGGCCUGGUUCUCAUUUUUACAGUCUAGUUUUAAAUACCUUCAUAAUCCUAAAAUAAUUGUAAAGAUUAUGUGCAAUAAAUUUUAUUGAAGAACAGAAAAUGGAUUCACAGAUAUUGAAAUCUACCAAUUCUUGGCCAAAAUUUGGUUGUCCAUGGUUAACAUUUAGUCCCCUGACAUUCUUAUUUCCUGACUAGCAUUAUAUUUGUGACAAUAUAGCAAAAAAAAAAAAAAAAAGACAAUCUAAAACAUUGAAAUAUGAUUUCCUUCUAACUGAAAAGAUUUUGGCUGCUAUAUAUGGGGUGUUAUUCUCCUAGAAUACCAUAUCUGAUGUCAAUUUGAUCAACCAUAAUUUACCUAUUAAAGGUCAUUAACAAAGAUUAUUUAAAGUUAUAUCUGAAUACUAAGAUUCCCUUCUGUAUAGACAGACCUACUUCUCACCAUUAUAGUUUAGUGGAGUUUCUCUUUCAAGCCAAAUCAGGUUCUAAGAGAAAAUGCAAUAGACUGACUACAUUUAGAAUCUUUUGAAGACAAUUUUGUUAUCUUCAAUUGGCACAAUAAGCUAAUACAAUUUGAUAAUUGCAUUUUUUGCCAGGAUAACAUAAAAGAGUUUUAAGUGGAUUCCCUAAUUAAAUAAUAAUUUAGGUACCCAGUUGCAAACAGAAAAUAAUAACAGAUCACCAUUUCAUUAAAUACUUUUUUGUUUUAGUUUUUCCUAAAAUGCUGCUUAAUAAUAACCUCUGGCUUAUUGAUAUUCAUGUUCUCUUUAUUUUUCUUUUGUUAGCAUUGUGCAAAUAGCUCUUAACAUCUUUCUCCCCAUUAAUUUCAUCAAAUUUAUGACUUUUGAAACAAUAACAAAAAGUUAGGUAUACAAACAAGUCUGUUUUUUUAGUGAUACUUAUUUCCUUAAAAUUGUUUUUUCUAUUUUGAUUUAUUAUUAUUAGUAAUUAUAUUAACAUGGAUAAUGUAUUGCUAUCUAUUUGGGUUUCUGAUAUUUUACCACUACCCACAUUUUUUUUUUUACUUUUAAGGGAUAUGUUGGGUUUGGAUUUGCAUAUUCUUCACACUUUUAUUAUAUUAAAUUAAGAAAACAGAUUUUUAUUGUUAUGCCCCACUUAGACUUUUCCUUCCCUAUCUAAAAAUGGUUAUUGAAUAAGAUAGUUAAUAACAUGCAGGUGAUGAAUUUUAACACUAUUUUAAUGUAUUUGUUUAAUGUCUUUAAAUGCUAUUGGUUUUUCAUUUCCAUAUUUUAACCUUUGUAAUUUGGAAAGCUGUCUUUUUAAAAUAGUGCAACCUCAAAUUAGUAAUCUAAAAAGCCUAGAUAAUAUUUGCCUAACUCAAGAAGCAUUCUCAGCUACUAGAGCCUAGUAAAUUUCCUAGUAAAAGAAAUCUAUAUUACAAACACUGGAGGGGCUAAUGUUCAGUGCGUUAAAGAAACCAGAAAACUUCUUGUCCAUAUGAUACACUGUCAUUUCUUUCAUAAUUGUAUUUUUCCUUGUUAAUUUGUGACAGCUCCACAGGGCAAAAGUUUUCUUUUUUGGUUUUGUAGUGACCUUAAGACAGAAUAUUAGUUUGCUGUUGAAUAGUAACAUUAACAGAGAUAAUCUAAUAUUUAAAUUAGACAAUGAACAAAUAUCACCUAGAAAUAAAAGAUUGACAGCUAUCUUUAUUUGUCCCUAGAUUUAUUCAUUUAUCCCUGUGAUUAUGCCAGAGUCAGCAUAAUGUGUAUGAAUGCAACUGCAUCUCAAAUUCCAAGGCACUUGCAGUUCUUUGGGAGCUUGUUAGGAUUACAAAGCACUAGUACAUUUUGGAAAAUAUAAACAAAGAUAUUUUUUGGAAAUAAUUCUAUUCAAUUAAGUAAACAUUUCUCCAGUGCUUACUAUGUGCAAAAGUAUUGCUAGCACUAGAAAUAUAAGCAAAAAUAAAAUUGUUCCUGCCCUGAAGGAGUUUGCACUUUACUUUUAGACAAAAUAUGUUAUAUAAAUGCCAAGGGGGAAAAAAGACAAAAAGAAUACGCCAGGAGGACAAGAGAAGAUUUUUAUGUAGGAUUUGAGUGUAUUUGAAAGAAGCUAAGAAUACUGUGAUUAAGAGGUAAGAAAGGAGUAGGAGACCAUUUGUAUAAGUUAGGAAAGAUGAGCUAGAAUUUCAUAUAGGGGAACAGUUAGCAGACCAGUAUAAUACAAUGCUAUUUUAUGUACAAAACUGGUAUCUAUACAGCUCUAGGACAGAUUUCUACCCUUUAUGUUUUUACAAGCUCUCUUCAUAGUUAUUUAUAAUGAGAAUCUAGCCUAUUAAGUCCAUUCUCUAAGCUAACUUAUAGGUAGGUUAAAGUCCUGAAAUUGAAGGGGAAAAAAAGAAUAUAUCAUUUUCAUUUUAUAUACUAAAAAUAAUUAUCUUACUCUUGUGAUAUUCUCACAUGAAUAUUUGUUUCAGUGGUCAUAUUAUCACUCGGUGUUUUUUGGAAAGGAGGCUUCAGGAAAAAAAUGUAAUUUAAUGGAGAAUUUUGUCCUCUUGAUAUUUCUUACCCUCUACACUGGUAAAGUAGAAAAUUGAGCAAUUGUGGUGUUAGAUGAUGAAGAAAAUCUCUAGUUAUUCAGUGAAUUCAGUUUACAUAGAAAAUAUACAAAGCAUUGAACCUGUAUUCUUCCCAAUAUUUUCUCCUAAUAUUUCCCGACAUAUCUAAUAACCACUUCAGUUUUUCUAGUUUGUCUGCAUUCAUUGCCUUAAUUAUUUGCAUUUGCCUUUGCUGAAUCCUCAGUUCUCCAUUGAAUACACAAACUUAUUUGCCACUUUUUUGAAACUUCCCACUUAUAUUAAAAGAAAGUGAUUUUUUUUUAGACCAGGU